UCAGGUAAAAAGAUCCAAGAAAAAUGUCUUGGAAUUGUCUCCCUUGUGUCUCCUGCUAGGCUUUGCUGCCUCUGUGCAGUGAUCAUUGUCCUCACUGUGAUUGCACCUUUUGUUUUUUUGUCAGGGAGAGAAGAAAACCCGGCCAUUGUGAGCCCUGAAGCUGGGAAUGUUACCUGCCCAAAAGACUGGAUUGCAUUUGGACGUAAAUGUUUUUAUUUGUCUGAAAACACAAGUAACUGGAGAUCCAGCCAGACCUCCUGCAUGGAGCAGGUGGCCCAUCUAACUCACUUUGACAAUCUGGAGGAGCUGGAUUUCCUGAAUAGAACAUAUGGGCAUUCUGCUGCGUGGAUCGGACUGCACAGAGAGUCAUCAGAGCAGCCUUGGAUGUGGACAGACAACACUGAAUAUAACAACUUGACACUCAUCCGAGGAGUUGGAAACCAUGCCUACCUGAGUGACAGAGGGAUCAGCAGUAGCAGGGACUACAUACCUAGGAUGUGGAUUUGUAGCAAGCCCAAAUCUAUACUUUAGUAGAUUCACAGCUUGUGUAGAGAGUGUGUCAAAGUCAUCAUGAGAGAUCUGUAACAUAUCAUCUAUAGUUACAGCAUUUUUUUAUCUUAAAUAAAUAUAACAAGCAAUUCAUAUUCUGUGGUGACAUCAUUGGUGAAAAUUAUCACAGACGUCUAUACUUACGGGUACUUGAGAGAGUAUGGGUGAUUCUAAAUUAAGUAAGUGUUUUGCUAUGGGUUGGCCAUAUGAAUUACAAACACAUCAGUAUUAGUGACCCCCACAUUUAUGGCCAGACAAUGAAAUUUUUUUCAUUAGCUUUUCCUUUGAAUGACAGGUACUGUUAAAAUUGAAGAGAGGAGCUGGGCAGUGGUGGCAGAUGCUUUUAAUCCCAGCACUUGGGAGGCAGAGGCAGGUGGAUUGCUGUGAGUUUGAGGCCAGCCUAGUCUAAAGAACAAGAGCCAGGACAGGCUCCAAAGCUACACACAGAAAUCCUUUCUCAACCCCCCCUCAAAACAAACAAACAAACAAACAAACAAACAAACAAACAGUGACAGGAUUGAGUCAAGAUGGGUGAAACACAGGGCUCCUGUAGAGGGCUAGAGGGAGACAGAGGAGUGGAGUCUCUCCUGUACUCUCUCCCCAUGGCCCUGGGAAUCCUGCAGCAGGCUGCACCAGAGGUCUGUAGUCACCAAGGAGGAGCCUCAGACAUGGAUGCCACAGCUGCUGCAACCCAAGCCAGAGCUGGAGUGAGGCCCUGCUGUUAGAAAGUCAGGGAAGAGUGGCUGAAAGAAUGGCUCUUUCUCCAGUAAAUGUGCCUUGGCAUGUAUGUAAUUUCUGUUAUCAGAACCUUUUAAAAAAUAUUUGAAGAUUGAUUUAAGAUGGUGACUCGUAGGGUGGGUUUUUCUUUUUUUCUUGUUCUCAACCUGGAAUCUCCACUGCUGUGCAACUGCCCUCAGCCUGCAGGUGUGAUGGUCAUACCUAAGGUGCCUUCAUUGAGGGCACAGAGAUGUGCAGAGACCUGAAGCUCCAGUAGAUUCUGUCCCCAGAUGCCCUGCCUAUCUGAAAGAUCCCCUUGUCUCUGGGCAACAAGAGCAUAUCCCAGACUGGUGCUAUUAUUUAUUAUUAUUGUUUAUAGUUGUAUUUGGGUUAGUUCUGUCUUAUUUAGACAAAAAGAGGGAGAUGUAGGGAUAAGCCCUCCCCUUGGGGCGGGCUGCCCUCCGGCGUAUGUUUACUGAUAAAUUGGGCGCGCAUCUGCGCGCCCCUUCCUGCCUACUCUGGGUACUCCUCUGGAACCUUGGUUUUGUGAGUCUGGUUUUGUCAUUAAACUUGUCCAAACACCUAUUAUCAUUGGUCCUCAUUAAUCCAACCGCCACAUUCAAUCACCCUCACUCUGAGAAACAUCAGUAUGUCUGUAAUGGAGACCUUUUUAUUUUCUUGAUUGGACCUCAAAAAACCUAGCACUGGCAGGACGGUAAACAGCAGCCUGGAUCUCUCACAGGCUCUGCCCCCUAAUGCACCCCCAUGACCAGCCUGUCUCUGAGGAAUGGCGGGAUGCCCACGGAGAGUAGUGUAUUUUAUGGUUUGGGCCAUCUCAAAAAACCUCCAUGGUGUGUGCUGCCACCACAUGCCAUGUUGCUGUACAUGGUGCGUGCUAUGGCUGCAGCUGUAUUUGUUCUGUCUUUCUCUACAGGCUGUGUGGAGGCCCAAAAAUGUGAGCCUGGUUCCACCUCGUCUGAUGGUUAUGGAGUUGUAGGUUUCUCAAAGUAGCUGACAAGCAUAUUAGCAUGUCCCACACAGCAUGUGAUUAUUUAAUUGUUUUGACUUUAAGAUAGGCCAUACAAGUAGGUCCAUUCAAUCCUGACAGGUGGUCAGUUUAUGCAAAUGUACUUCUGCUCCUUCUUUUAUAACUAUGAGGUCACCUGGGCAGUCGCUGUCUUCAGGAUUCAUGGUCUAAGGCUGCUUCACAGAUUAAACAACCAAAUGCUAAUGACUUGAUGUCUCAAACUGUUAAAGGAAUUAACUGUUUGAGUUGUCCUUUCUAUCAAGUAUACAAAGUUUUUUGUUACAUUCUCUCUCCACCUCCCUACACCCAUUUGUAUUGGGUAUAAAAACUUUGGGAAAAAAUAAAUGUGGGUUAUUUCAGUAUUCACUGAAAUACCCUCCUGGUAAUUUUCUAUGGCUCCUGUAUUAUUAUUUUCCAUGUGUCUUCAUAGUCUCAUAUUUCUAACCCCCAUACCCCGACCCUGGCAAGAGGUAUUUUUGUCGAGGCUGAACCAUGACAAAUCUGUGUUGACACACAUGGACAAUGCUGUUUCUGGAGACCAUAUGGGUGUUCUUGGUCUGUGCACUGCUAUGUUGAUAUUAGUAGUCUGUGCUGUCCCCCGAGGCCAUGUUAGUGUCUGUAGACUGAGAUGCUGCUGGGGGCCACGUGGAUACCAUGACUCCUGUUACCACCAGGGGCUCUGUGGGCUUCUGAGGUCUGUGCUACCACUGGAGGCCAUGCUGAUGUUCAU